AGAAAAAAGUCAUUAAAUUGGUUGUUUUUAUUAUAAACUUCGUUUUCCAAUCCUUUCGCCUCCUUCUCUUACACUCUCUUUUCGAUUCAAUAGUUAAAUUUAUAGCUGGAAAAGAGAAUCGAUUCAAAUUUUUCAACAAAUUCAUGGUUUUUACAUAAAAUUUUAUUUAAAGUUCUCUCUUUUUCCCCUUUUUACCCCCUUUUCUUUUUCUGUGUUUUGAGAUAUUAUAACAAGAAAAACAAUAAUUUAUCAUAGUAGAGAUAAAAUUUGGGUUCGUGUUUGAUUGCUCGAUCUGUCGAUGGAGGAUUGUGCGAGCAGCGAUGAAGAUUACUACUAUUCUUCCGAUCGAGAUUCCCUCGACGGUCUCGAGAAUGAGGAUUCCGAUUUGCAGUGGGCCCCUUCAAAGGGUCCCACUACCAAGGUUAUUACUAAGGAAUCACUUUUAGCUGCUCAGAGGGAGGAUUUACGGAGAGUAAUGGAGAUGCUAUCACUUAGGGAGCACCAUGCUCGGACUUUACUAAUUCAUUACCGGUGGGAUGUUGAGAAAUUGCUUGCCGUACUUGUGGAGAAGGGAAAAGCGGACUUGUUUUCUGAAGCAGGUGUUUCUGUUGUUGAGAGUGAGGAUACAGUGACACCACUGUCAUCUUCAUCUACAGCAAUGUGUGACAUAUGCAUAGAGGAGUUACCUGGUGAUAAGAUGACGAAAAUGGACUGCGGCCAUGCCUUUUGCAAUGACUGUUGGACAGAACAUUUUGUUGUGAAGAUAAAUGAGGGUCAAAGUAAGCGCAUAAGGUGCAUGGCACAUAAGUGCAAUGCUAUUUGUGAUGAAGCUGUUGUUAGAAAUCUAGUUGGUAAAAGGCAUCCUGAUCUAGCGGAGAAAUUUGAUCGUUUUCUUCUCGAGUCAUACAUUGAAGAUAAUAGGAUGGUUAAAUGGUGCCCUAGUACUCCUCAUUGUGGAAAUGCAAUACGUGUUGAGGAUGAUGAAUUUUGUGAGGUGGAGUGUUCUUGUGGUGUACAGUUUUGUUUCAGUUGCUUAUCAGAAGCACACUCGCCAUGUUCAUGCAUGAUGUGGGAGCUUUGGAUGAAGAAGUGCCGAGAUGAAUCAGAAACAGUCAAUUGGAUCACUGUUCAUACAAAGCCUUGUCCGAAGUGUCACAAACCUGUGGAAAAGAAUGGUGGGUGUAAUCUGGUGAGCUGUAUCUGCGGACAAGCAUUUUGUUGGCUGUGUGGUGGUGCUACUGGACGGGACCAUACUUGGUCAAGAAUUGCUGGUCACAGCUGUGGUCGUUACAUAGAAGAUCGUGAGAAAAAGACAGAACGAGCAAAACGAGAUCUUUAUCGGUAUAUGCACUAUCAUAACCGUUAUAAAGCUCAUACAGAUUCCUUUAAGCUUGAGAGUAAACUGAAGGAGACUAUACUGGAGAAGGUAUCAAUUUCAGAAGAAAGGGAAUCCAGGCUUAGAGAUUUCAGCUGGGUAACUAAUGGACUCUGUAGACUUUUCAGAUCAAGGCGUGUUCUUUCAUAUUCAUACCCAUUUGCCUUCUACAUGUUUGGAGAAGAACUAUUCAAGGAUGAGAUGACAAAUGAGGAAAGGGAAAUAAAACAGCAUCUAUUCGAGGAUCAGCAGCAGCAACUUGAGGCAAAUGUUGAGAAACUUUCUAAGUUUUUGGAAGAGCCCUUUGAUCAAUAUACUGAUGAUAAAGUUAUGGAGAUACGAAUGCAAGUAAUCAAUCUUUCUGUGAUCAUUGAUUCCCUUUGUAAGAAAAUGUAUGAGUGCAUUGAGAAUGAUUUGCUGGGUUCUCUCCAACGAAAUACCCAUAAUAUCGCUCCAUACAAAUCCAAGGGCAUUGAGAAAGCAUCAGAGCUUGCUGUCUGUUGGAGUGGUAAAGCCAGUACUACUACUGGUAAAUGCCUUCCUUCCGAUUGUGGCACUAGCGGCAAACGUGACCGAUCUUUCAGCUUUGGGACUUCGGACGACAAAGGUUGCCCGUCACCAAAGCAACCUAAGAAGGAAAGUUAUGGAGGUGGUUUCUUUGAUCUCAACUUGCCAGCAGAAGUUCUUGACAGGAAUUGAUCUCUAAGUAGGCUUUUUUUUUUCUAGAUAAGUACAUAUGUACAUAUCUAACUAGAGAGACCCUCAUUUAUCUAAAAUGGGAGUUGAUAAUUUAUGGAUUGA